AUGCAACAUAAUUUGAAGACAAUAUUUGUUAUCUCUCACAGCACACUUACAAUCAUUUUAUUCACUGAAUUAGUAACUGGAAUUAUAGGAAAUGGGUUCAUGGCCCUGGUGCACUGUAUGGACUGGCUAAGGAGAAAGAAAAUAUCAUUAGUUAAUCAAAUCCUCACUGCUUUGGCAAUUUCCAGAAUUUUUCAACUCUGUUUAUUGUUUAUAAGUUUAGUCAUCUCCUUUUCAUAUCCAGAUUUAACUACAACUUCACUGAUAAAAGUCACUUGUAAUCUUUGGAUUAUAGUCAACCAUUUCAACAUCUGGCUUGCUACAUGCCUCGGUAUCUUUUAUUUUCUCAAGAUAUCCAAUUUUUCUAACUCUCUUUUUCUUUAUCUAAAGUGGAGAGUUGAAAAAGUAGUUUUAGUUACACUGCUGGUGUCACUGGUCCUACUGACUUUAAAUAGUUUACUAAUUAACUUGGAAAUUAACAUAUGCAUAAAUGAAUACCAAAGAAACAUAACAUACAGCUUCAAUUCUUAUUAUCAUGCAAAUUGUCACAGGCAGAUGUUAAGCCUUCAUAUUAUUUUCCUGUCUGUCCCCUUUGUUUUGUCCCUGUCAACUUUUCUCCUGCUCAUCUUCUCUCUGGGGACACAUCACAAGAAGAUGCAGCAGCAUGUUCAAGGACGCCGAGAUGCCAGUACUAUGGCCCACUUCAAAGCCUUGCAAACCGUGAUUGCCUUUCUCCUACUAUACUCUAUUUUUAUUCUGUCUGUCUUAGUACAAAUUUGGAAAUAUGAAUUACUGAAGAAAAAUCUUUUCAUUUUAUUUUGUCAGGUUGCAUAUGUAGCUUUUCCUUCAUUCCAUUCAUAUAUUCUGAUUCUAGGAGACAUGAAGAUGAGACAGGCCUGUCUCUCUGUAUUGUGGUGGCAGAAAUUCAGGAAAAAUUAUGUAGAACCUUUAGAUCUCUAA